UCAGGCCUAAAACCUCUAGUGGACAACUUGAGUGGCGAGGCUUUGCCGGGUACACUCACGGCCAUUAUGGGUCCUUCCGGUGCCGGCAAGACGACGCUGUUAAACCUUCUCACUGGGUUUUACGACAAGGGUUACAAAGGUGAAGUCCAAAUCAAUGGUUGCGUGCGCGACCAAUCGUUAUUCAACAAGCAGAGCUGCUACGUCAUGCAGGAUGACCGUCUACUACCUGCUCUCACCGUUUACGAGGCCAUCUCUAUGAGUGUACAGCUGCGCAUGCCUACGUCGUCGCCGACAGCCAAAGAGGAAAUGGUGCAACGGUCAAUCGCAGAGUGGGGAUUACAUGAGUGCCGCAACACUCGAACGGAAAGCUUGUCGGGCGGCGAGCGCAAGCGGUUGGCUAUUGCUCAAGAACUGGUCAAUAACCCUCCUGUGUUGUUCCUUGACGAACCCACCAGUGGCCUGGACAACGUGUCAAGCCUCAUGUGCGUCCAAGUCCUCAAAACGAUUGCCUCUUCAGGGCACACUGUGAUCUGUUCUAUUCACGCUCCUAGCGCCAAAAUAUUCUCCUACUUCGACUCGCUGUACAUGAUGUCCGGUGGUCGGUGCAUUUACAACGGCAGGGUUGACCUGCUGCUUCCGUUCCUCGCGCAGCGUGGCCUGCCCUGCCCCGAAUAUCACAAUCCAGCCGAUUACAUGUCUGAGCUAGCUUCGGACGAGCACAGCGACUACUGCGAAAGGCUAAGCACCGAGUUUCGGAUUCCACUUCCCUGCGCCGAACGGGUCUUCGACGACGACAGCCAAACCACUGCUUAUGGUGGUAAGGUCAUGACGGAACAGGAAAGAGCAGAGCAGCAUCGCAUGUACUCGUUUAAAGUCGACCAGUUCCAGCAGUUUCGGACGCUGCUGAAGAGAUGCUGGUUGUCCAUCGUCCGAAACAAGGUGGCGACCGUGCUGCGAGUGCUGGUGUAUGCGGCGUUUGCGGUGAUGUCCAUCGUCCUUUUCUAUGACACGGGCAACCGCGCCUCCACGGUCGUGCACAGCGUCAAGCUCUACUUCGUCGUGGUCUGCAUUUGCGUCGUCCAGACCGUGUUUCCUUCGACUCUAGUGUUUCCUGUGGAGGUCUCUGUGUUAGUCAGGGAGCAGCGAAAUUGCUGGUAUGGUCAAGCGUACUGCCUGGCGUACUACAUCGCAGAACUGCCGUUUCUAGUUCUUCCAAUUACGCUGUACAUGGGUGCCAUCUAUUACCCGACGGCGCAACCGCAGGAGCUCUGGCGCUUUGCCGCAAUGCUACUAUUCACCAUACAGCUGUGCGGCGUUUCACAAGCCAUUGCGCUCGCCACGUCAGCGCUCUGCACUGCGCAGUCAGCGGCAACGGUGGCGUUUCCCAUCGUGUCACCCGCGUUCAUGUUCUGCAGCGCUUUCGCGCCUCGUCAGAUGCUUACUCCCUACGUGGGCUGGCUCACAGAGGUGUCGUUCGUCAACCACGCUUACAACGGCCUCCUGCUCUCGGCCUACGGCUACGGCCGCGCCAAGUUUCCCUGCAGCGACUUCAUAUGCGUGUACGAGGACCCGGCCGAGCUUCUCCAGAGCGCCGGAGUGGCAGACCGGACGAUCCACGAGUUCUACCUCAUCCUCCUCGCUAUGGAAGUUGUGAUUCGCAUUGUCGGAUUCUUUCUGCUCAGGUUCAGGCUAUCGAGAAAGAGUUGAUGGAAUACACUCUUAGUGGGCACUGGUCAU